AUGAAUGCGCAAAAAUUAGAAACUAUAGAAACAAUGAAAAAUAAACUAACAAACAAAUACGAAUUAAAUAUUCAAUUUUUUCCCUCGGCAGGAUUACCAAAGGAAAAAUUGGAAUGGGUCAAUAAUAUAAAGCAAUUAUGGAUAACUAUAAGAAAAAUAAUUAAACGAGAAUUAAUCAGAAAAAAGAAAAAAGAAAUCAAACAUAAGAUCGAAUUACGUCAAGAAUUUCUAAGCACUAAAUCAAAACACAUAAUUGACAAAGUCUUAGAUAGAGACUCCCGACAGAUUUUAUUAGACCGAAUCAUAAACACGCAAGAGGAUGGAACAACACAAAUAAUCACAGAUCCAACACAAAUUAAAGAUAAAGUAAAAGAACAUUUGUAUCAAUGGACAAAAGGAACGCAAAUAGACACAUCAAUAAAAAACACUC